AUAUUUCCCUCGUGAGCAGUGCAAGAGGACUCCUUUACGGAAUUUGUGACAAGCGUAUGUGUCUAUAAAAAAACUCUUAAGAAGACUACGCGACAAAUAUAUUGGAAUAUAUUUCAUAUCAUAUUGCAUCUCGUUUUUACCGUGCGUGAUUUAUAUCAGGGAGAUACAGACAAAAGACUUUGAUUUAAUAAGUAUAUAUAACAAGUGUUAAAACAAGAUAGUUCAUCAAAGAAGAACUUAAUACAGUGAUAACUUUGAGACUAAGACUGUGAAAUAGCAGCUAUAUUGUAAUACACAGACAAAUUACAAUAUAUUCAAAAUACACUCACAAUUCGACAAAGACCAGAUAACGACAACCGAGCUUUAACGAAAAACUGCGGAAUCAGUUUAACACUGAGGGGUUUAUUCGUUGAUAGAUACGAUGGAUUUUGACAAUUUUCGAAAGAUGUUUGCUAUUAUUAUCUAUGUGAUGGCCUAUGUUAUCCUGAGCGUUGAAGGUGCUGCGCCACAGUUCCAAGGGAUGCCGACGUCAGUUAAUGUUGGCGAACAGGAGUACAACGGUCGUCUCAUCUACGUUCUUACCGUCACAGACGCCGAUCCGUUCGUCUGCACGCUCAACCCUAUCACUGCGAUGAACUCUGAUAAGUUCCGGGUACUCAUUGAUCCUAUCACUGGCAGCUACGGUGUGUACACCCACAAUUCUAACCCGGGGACUGCAGCAUCUCCAAAUGUCCUGUUCGACUUCGCAGCCAACAGCUCCUGGACUGUUGACGUAGACUGUACGGAUAAGAGCAACCAAGUCAAUACCGAGACUCUCACUGUCAAUAUUAUAGAUAACGACCGACUGGAAUUUACUAAUCUGCCGGAUACUACAACACCAACAGACGCAUUGAACACAGCGUCAGGAGUACAAUUGUUUACCGUCGACUCGACAUCGCUGCUUAACCGAGGCCCAUUGUCUUACUCCUACACAACCAGCCCGACAACCACUAGUUUCUCCUUAGAUGUCGGUUCCGGAAUCAUGUCCACUGCCCGGGCUCUUAAACAUGAGAUAUACAGCUCGGUUGACCUCUUGGUCACUGUCAGUGACGGCAUCAUAGCAGUAAGGGAGACGCUUCGGAUUGAUCUUAUAAAUUUGAAUAGCGUUCCUACUAUAACCAACCUACCAGCGGAGGUGAGCGUGUUAGAAUCUCUCGCCAGUGGGUCAGCCUUCUACACUCUGACCACCAAUGAUAACGAUGCUACUGAUGUUCUAUCCUUUACAACUAAUGUGAACCCUGUCACGGAAACCGGACUCUUCACGCUUGACACACUCACUUUGGAGGUGAAGCUCAGUACAGGAAGUACUUUUAAUUACGAACAAAGCACGCGGACGUACAACUUGACCUUCCUCAUCUCUGAUACAAAGACGGACACAGGACCUUACUCUUUGAUUGUUAACAUACUUAACGCCAACGAGCCCUGCUACUUUCAAAACAGUUUAUACUCUGUGGCGAUGAGUGAAGCCGGGAUAGGAGGGUAUCCUGUUGAUCCGAACUUCGUGGUGAACGACUUUGAUGGUACCUCUACCUACACUCUCGGUCUGUUAGCCGGAAACAGCAGCGGCUUCAGUAUCGACUCCAGCUCUGGGAUAAUCAAUUUCGCCACUGUGUAUGAUGUUGACCAGAACUCCAUGCCAUCUACCGUUCAGCUGACCGUCCAAUGUAUUGACCCUACCUCGCUGACUGGCACAACGGUUCUCCUCAUCACGAUUGCGGACGUAAACGACAAUGACCCAGUGUUUAGCCAGAGCAGUUACUCGUUCACCAUCAACCAGAACACUGCUCUGGGUACACAGCUAGGGGUACUAGCAGUCACCGACAACGACUCGGGGACAAACGCGGAUUACACGUGUAGUGCCACAGCGACCAACAACGCCCUGGCUACAUCCUAUUAUAACAUAGGCACGUCCGAUUGUGGAGUGUACCUCCUGUCCACCACUGGUCUAACGGAAAAUCAGAUCGUAACAUUCACGGUGACAGCAACAGACAAAGGCUCUCCAUCCAGAACAGGAACCACCUUCGUUAGUAUCACCUACGUCAUCGUUACCACGACAACCACUACCACGACAACCACAACCACUGCCACUACCACGACGACGGUGAACCCACUCACAGAACCAGGAGCCAUCGCGGCCAUUGUUAUAGGCAGCAUAGUAGGAGCCGUUUUACUUGGUUUGCUGAUCUACUUCUUAUGGCGAUGGUGCUACACUGGCGCGUGUUGUGGGCCUCAUCCGUGUGACUUUACGAAUUGUUGCCAGAGACCACAGCAACAGAAUUAUCCGCGACGCCAGGUUACGCCACAGGAGAGCAGGCACAUCGUAAAAGAGGCUCCAAGAGAGACUGCUGAGGAAUUUAAAUACAGACGAGAUGAUACAGACCUAGGAUCUACGAAGCCCAAAAAUGACUUCAAUGCGCGUCAAUGGCGUUCAACCGGACAACGUGAUUAUAUGGACUUCCCCAAAGCCGUCACCCCUUCCGAUGUCCCAGUGGAAAUGAGUCAAAGCCGAAGAAUAAUUGGAUAUACCCCCAUGAUGAAUAGGCCUGCUCCGAUUGGCUACCUAUAAUCAGCGUGUGCGCCAUGUGUGCGCCACGUGGGCGUUUGAUGCACUGCGUUCGAUCACAUGCUAGUGGACCAAUUGAUACAUUUCUUUUCAAACUUAAAAUACUUGCCGAUAUAUUAUUCAAUGACAUUGUUUGCAUCGUCUUUCUUUUUUCUUCUGUGGCUAAUGUAAAUAGUGUACACCCGUUAGAAACGGACCCAUUGUGACGCACCUACGGGCGCCAAUCCAGCCACUGACCACGGUCAAUGUUACUGAACAAGUGAGCGCGUCCCAGGGUUAUAUUGCAUCGCUAGAAAAGCUAGCUUACCAGUCCCCCUCCCCCUCCACUUAUUGUUUGGCUGUUACAUUAUAUAGGUUGUAGGGUUACAUUCAGCUUACUUCGAAAAGGAUAUAUUUGAAUUAAAGUGUAAGCUGUUUUAUCCUUGAUUUCAUAUUUGUUGGACUUGAUUUAGACAAGUGAUGUUAUUCAAACGCAAUCGUUAAAUGGAAAAAGACCAAAACGCAUUCUAAGAACUCUGGACGUAUAUUGGUAAGGUAGACAUGUAAUCAGAGAGACACAUUAGCUCAGAUAGUAUCUUAAUACAGUUAGUCUCGGUAAAUAGUUCGACUGCACAGUGGAUUAAUGAUGGCUGUACUACAAACAUCGACUGUACCAGUUCUUUUUAUCUUCACACUAGCUUGUGAAUGUCUUCACACUAGCUUGUGGAAUGCGUUAUAUUCAUAUGCAUCAGCAGUGAAUAAACGCUUGUCCAUUUGUAUGUAUGUAUGAACAAUACUGUGUUGAAUAGAUAUACAUCACAUGACAGGAAAUCAACCACGACACAUGUAACAGUGAGAAAGCGUGGAGGCGAGGAACCAUUAGUUUCAGUAUGACGUUAAUACUUAUAAAGCAUUAAAUUUCGCUACAUCAUUAUUAUUUCUUGAGCAUACACUUUUUAUUCAUAAAACAUUCAACUUCAGUAUAUCAUGUAUAUUUUCUUGGAAGUUAGUUAUCGAGUGGUUGCUAAUUUUCAAACCACAGUUGAUUUAUUACCAUAGAAGAUAAAUAUCAAACAGCGGAAAAUACAGUAAAAAGCAUCUUCACCCAGUAAUAUCGUAAAACACAGUAACCAACGAAAACAAUGGCUUUAAAGUAAAUAAGGCUGCUCCAUUGUAUUUUAGCAAUGAAGGUUUAGGCAAAUGUUGUUAUGGUCCUAUAAAACACAUUCCUAUUAAGCUAUUGAUGACAAACUUAAUGAAGCCUUUAUGUAAGUGUGUCAGCAAUAGAAAUGUGUGUUAUAACAAAAUUUGCUAAAAAUAUCAAUUUUUAUGUUUACAUUUUGGG